AUGGCACAUCGGACAGUGCAACCGAUAUUGGUGCAUUUUGGCACAUUAUUUAUGUUCUGCAAAGUGCUCGGCCUCUAUCCGCAUGACCUGCAGGCAUUUCAGCGCAUGCACACACUGCAAGGCAGUAAAACAGGUACCGCCUUUGUGUGUGCGACAAUUCUCGCAGUAGUCGUUGCCUAUAAUUUCCUCAUCUACUCUUUCGCCGACGAAGAUCGCGAAUUAAAAGAAGCACAAAGCACACUCACUUUUGUCAUUGGCAUAUUUCUCACCUACAUCGGUCUUGGUAUGAUGCUCACCGAUCAAUGGUCGGCUCUGCGCAAUCAAUCGAAAAUCGGUGAGCUCUACGAACGUAUACGCGCGGUUGACGAACAAUUGCUGCGAGAGAACAUUGUUGUGGAUAUCUCGAAGACCUCUCAGCGCAUACUCAUUAUGCUUGCGCUCACUGUCAUUUGUGAGGUGACAAUUUUGGUAUCCACCUAUAUUAUACUGGUGGAUUAUACCAAAUGGAUAUCGCUAUUGUGGAUUUUCUCUUGUUUUCCUACAUUUUAUAAUUCAUUGGAUAAGAUAUGGUUUGCUAACACUUUGAAUGCGCUGCGACAGCGUUUCUUUAUGAUCAAUACUGCGCUGGAUGGUAUGGUUGAGUCGCAUGAGAAGCUUAAGCGUUGGGCGAAUACCGGUGGCGAUAGUUUGCUUUCAACCCGAAAGCCUUCGAUUGCGAAUGUCUCUAUUGAUGCUUCAAUAGAGUAUUUAUAUAAGGAUUUUACACACAUGGAGGCGGUGAAGAAGUUUAAUAUGCCAAGGAAUAAGAUAACGCCAAUUGCACACUCCCUCAACUUUUACGGCGAAAGCUUUGAGACACCAAAAAAACCAUACAAAUUAAGCAUCCAACCACCAUCAUUCAAUAUGGUAUACGAGAGUGAAUUGAAUCGAGAUAUCGAAAAAGUAGAGGAAAAUUUAAAUAAUUUAUGUCAAUUACACGAUGAAAUUUGUGAAAUUGGUAAACAGCUCAACGAACUGUGGAGCUAUCCGAUAUUGGUGCUAAUGGCCUAUGGCUUUCUCAUCUUCACAGCGCAAUUGUAUUUUUUAUAUUGUGCAACGCAGAAACAGAACAUUCCAUCACUAUUUCGUUCGGCAAAAGAUCCCUACAUUACGACCAUUUACUUAUGCUACACCGCCGGCAAGUGCAUCUAUUUAAUUUACCUCAGCUGGAAGACGUCACUCGAAUCGAAACGCACCGGCAUUUGUCUGCACAAGUGCGGUGUGGUCGCGGAUAAUAAUUUGCUCUAUGAAAUUGUCAACCACUUAUCGCUCAAAUUACUAAAUCACUCAGUGGAUUUCUCGGCUUGCGGUUUCUUUACAUUGGACAUGGAGACGCUUUAUGGUGUGAGUGGCGGUAUUACCAGUUACCUCAUUAUCCUUAUACAAUUCAAUUUGGCGGCACAACAGGCCAAGGAUGCCAUACACAAUGCGGAUGAAAGUGUUAGUGCCAUGCCGACUACAGAUGGCGGCAAUACGACAGCGUUAAUGGAAUUAUUUACGACCACCUUUUUGUCCAGCACACACACGACACCUUACUAG